AUGUCAGCAAAUUUGAGUCUUUAUAGUAUUGAAGAUGGGGUUGAGAAUACAUAUAUUUCUAGUUUUAUAAAAAAAACUAGACGAGGAAAAGUUAGGAAGAUUGUUCGUGAACUUUAUUACAGGUACCAAAUGAAUUGUGGUUUGUUUGGGUGUAAGCUGUGCUAUUUAAAUUUAGAUAAGGGGGACAUAUGUGGUCCUUCAUAUGUGGUAUUUCCAUUUUCAGAUGUCUUGCUAAAGCACCCUGACUUUUUUCUUCAGGAUGAAUCCUUAACAAGUGUGGUUCUAACAUAUUCAGUACUUGAGAAUGUAGGUGUUGUCAACAGACCCUUGUUAAAUACAUUAAAAAAUCUUGUAAGGAGUACUAACACAGGUUUAAAUUGUGUAGUAUUCAAGGAUGAAAGUGAGAAAGUUAUGGAAGGUAUGGAAAUAAAUAUUGGUAAUAUAGAUGUGACAAAUUCUUUAAAUAAUGAGGAAUAUUUAAAAAAUCCUGUGAAUACCAGUGAAAAGCAUGAACGUCAGUAUAUUGCAUUCCCAGAUUCUCUUUUUGUAGAAACUUUAAGUACUGAAUAUUCUGGCAUUGAGAAAACAGCAAGAAGUUUAAUUAAAACUAUUGAAUGGUAUAUAAAGCAUUUUAAAGAAGCUUCAGCUCAGGAUACAAAACUUUACCUUUUAUGUGAGGAUGAAAAGUGGUUUGAGUUGUUUUUAGAUCAUUUUGGUAAUGUAGAUACUUGUAAAGUUUUGAGUCCUUAUUCUUUCUCUGAGCUAGUGUCUUCGAAGUUUCCAUCAGCUGGUGAAAAAUUAUCAAUUCCUAACUUCCAAGAAGUUGAUGGGGUUAUAAAAAGUAAUUUGGAAUUAUCAGAAUAUAUAUACCCUUCUCAUUUGAGCGAAGAAGAGAUAAUAGAAGGUAUAAAUAAAGGUGAAUAUUUUAAAGGGAUUAUUAGAUUUGUUAGUAGAUCUAAAGGAUAUGUUGAAGUUGAAGUACCUUCAACACAAUCAGAAUCGUCAUUAACUAAUUCUACCAGAUUGGAAUUUAAUUAUAGGACAAUUAGUAUAGAAAUUGCUGGAUAUAUAAAUUUAAAUCGCUGUAUUGAUGGAGAUUAUGUUGUCGUAAAGAUUGAAGAGAAUGAUAGUGUCGAAAACAGAUCAAUGAACCUUUUUUUGAUAAAGUCUCAAGAUACUUUAGAAUGUGAAUCUGAGUCAAAAACUGAAAUUCCAGUUACAGGAGGGAUUUUACUUGCAGAAGAGGACUGUAUUGGUGAUACUGAAUUAGAUAUAGAAUUGGAUUCACUACAUUUAGGAAGUUUACCAGAUAGCAAGAAAAGCUCUAGCAUAGCAAGGGAUCAUUAUAAUGGUAAAGUUGUUGGUAUUUUAAAGCGAAAUUGGAAAGAAUAUUGUGGUACUUUACUACCAUUAAAUACUGAUGAUAAUCGUUAUAGUAUAUGCUACAAUUCUUCAGCUAGACAGCACAGAAUUUUCAUCCCAAUUGACCCUAAAAUCCCAAGGAUUCGCAUACACACUAGGAUGUCCUCAUUACUUGAUUAUCAACGACUUGUAGUUGUUAUUGAUGAAUGGGAUAGAUCUUCAUUCUAUCCUUCAGGGCAUUGGGUAAGUACUUUAGGAAGAGCAGGAGAUUUGGAAGCUGAAACUUCAGUCAUUUUACAUUGUAGAAAUAUACCUUCAGCAGAAUUUCCAAACAAAGUUUUGAGGUGUUUACCAAAUUAUGGAACUAACAAGGAAUGGGAACCUCGUGAAUCUGAUUUUUCUGGAAGAUCAGAUUGGAGAAAUAAACUUGUAUUUUCUGUCGAUCCUCCUGGCUGCAAAGAUAUUGAUGAUGCUCUUAGUAUCGAACUUAUUGAAGGUGAUGAUGCUAAUGGGAAGCUAGCACCAAAUGAUGAUGUCUGGUAUCGUGUAGCUGUUCAUAUUGCAGAUGUUACUCACUUUGUGAAGCCGAAUACUACGAUUGAUGAAGAGGCUAGUAGACGGUGUACUACUUGUUAUCUAGUUAACCGUCGUAUAGAUAUGCUCCCUGGAGAGUUAACAACUGAUAUUUGUUCUUUAGUUUCACAUAAAGAUCGUUUAGCUUUUACUUGUAUUUGGGAAAUAAAUGGACUAUGCAAAAUAAGAAGAUCAAACUUUGAAAAAACGAUCAUAAACUCAAAGCAUUCAUAUACAUAUGGAGAAGCCCAAUCGAUUAUUGAUAAUCUUAGUAAUAACUCAAAUGAGGCAGUUGCACUUCGAAGACUGCUAAAUCUGUCUAAAAUACUACGUAAAAGAAGAAUUGACCGUGGUGCUCUUGAAUUAGCUUCAUCUGAAGUUAAAAUAGAUCUUGAGGAAGCUAGGACAGUAAAACAAAGUGAUAUUAUAGAUACAUCAACAGAAAUUGAUAACACUAGUGCUAGAAAUUGUAAUGAAACUUCUAAAAUACCAAAUAUUAAGUCAGUAAAUAUGUAUCAGUAUUUAGACACAAACUCAAUGGUUGAGGAGUUCAUGCUUCUAGCAAAUAUUACGGUUGCAGAAUUUACACUAAAACAUUUCCCUAGCUGUGCUUUAUUAAGAAAGCAUCCAGAACCUAAGUAUGACCAGCUUGAUAAACUUGCACAAGUAAUAGCAAAGGCUGGUAUUCACAAUUUUAAGUAUAAAACUUCUGCUGAGCUAGCAAAAAGCUUAAAUAAUAUUAAAGAUGAUCCUAAUUUUCAAAAAGAUCCUAUAGUUAAUAAGUUGAUUAGAAUUCUUACAACUCGCACGAUGAAUCAAGCUGUAUACUUUACAACUUGUAAAUCAAGUGAGGGGACGUAUCACUAUGGUCUUGCUGAAAAUAUUUAUACUCAUUUCACUUCACCUAUAAGAAGAUAUGCUGAUAUUAUUGUUCACAGACUCCUUGAAGCUUCGCUUGGGUUUUCAAAGUUGAAUGAAGAUAUUAGCAAUAAAGAUAAGAUGUUAAAGCUCACUCAAAGACUAAAUAAAAGUAUGAGAAAUGCCCAACUUGCUGGAAGAGAUUCAUCUAAACUUUUCAUAUACCUUUAUUGUAAGCAACAUGGAAAGCAAAUUGUAGAAGCUAUGAUCAUGCAAGUUAGAAAUAAUUUCAUUCUUGUUUUUGUUCCUGAUUUUGGAUUUGAGGGCUCUGUUAAUCUUGACACUGACAAAUUUAAAUAUGAUUUUUCAGUGCCCCAGCUUGUUAAUAAUGAAGAUCCAACUGAGACCUUAAAACUAUUCGAUAGAGUAAUUGUUACUGUUUAUAUAUCAGAUGAAUAUUUCCAAAACAAGGUGAUAUUAGACUUGGUGUCUAAGAAGUAA